CGUGUGAUUGGUACUGCAUCAACAGCGAUUAUAAGUAUAUAACUAUAUAACUACAUAUACAUAUUCCUCUUUCAUACCGCUUGCGAUUUUAUACUAAACACAGCUUCAUUCAGUGUCGGUACAUCAAGCCAAUAGCGUGGUUGUACAUUUAAGUAUAUCAAGUUUUUCAAAGAACCGAGAUAUGACUAAACCGGAGGAAGCGUGCGGAUCCACUGGUCCCUCUAUGACUAAAGAGGGCAAUAAUACAAGCAAGAAGAAUUCUCAUUGCAACGGAUUGAACCCUCAAAAUAUGUUCCUGGCUACCAAAUACCACAACAACAUGCCUGACACGGUUGUCAUCCUACACUUCGAUGAUUUGCUGAUGAGAGAAUUAUUUAGUCGGAAAAAAACAAAGUAACCACGAAGUAAUAAUUCAGCUAAGAAUUAAUAAAUCUCGCCUACUUUCUAAUUAUUUUUUAUGCUCUUAAAAUUGGUAAGUAUUACUAUUUAAAUUGGUUUCGGCCGAAAAUCAAACGUUUAGAUCUCUUUUUGAAAAUACUCUUAAAUUUUUGUAACUAAUAAUUAAAAUGAAUGUGCUAUAAGUGUGUA